UUUCGCAAAUACAAAAAAGACCGAACGGAGACGAAUUGGACAAUUUAUAAGGCUGCAAGGAAUCGAUGCAACAAGAUGUGUAGGAAUCUAAAACGCCAAUAUAUCUUUGAUCAAUUAGCUAAUUCUCCUUCUUCAUCCAGUACCUAUAAUUUUUUAAAAACCAUUAGCCGGAUCCACACCGGACGAUCCAAAAUUGAUGGUGAUCCCGUGAUCCGCGAUCCAAGGAUCGUGAUGCGUGGAGCGUGGAUCAUUCUAGGUCGAUCCAGCAGCAAUCUUUUGCGAUCCUGACUGGCUGCUCCAACGCGCUCCUGCCGAUCCAUACUGAUCACAGUUGAAUUUUGUCUGGCUAUGGAGUUACACGUGCAACGACGGCGACGAAUAGCCAUAGCAGCAGCAAGCUACAUUUUGCUUGUAUAUUUACGGCAAAAAUUACGAAAACGAAAAAGACGGUAUUGGGUUAAAACGAUUUUUAAAAAUCGGUUAGAAUAUGGGACUCGACUUUACAAAGAGUUAAUUGAUGAUGGAGCUGAAGCUAAUUUUGCACGAAUGACUGCAAAUCAAUUUGACUUAUUGUGUUCACUAUUAGACAACAAAAUUAGAAAGAAUGAUACCAACUAUCAUGAUGCCAUAACUAUUAAGGAAAGACUACUAAUAACAUUGAGAUUUUUAGCAAGUGGAGAUUCUUACGUCAGUCUACAGUAUCUUUUCAGAGUGUCCAAACAGUCGAUAUCAAAAAUUGUUCCUGAGGUUUGUGAAGCAAUUAUCGACGUUUUGGAGGAUUAUGUAAAAAUGCCAUCAAAAGAAGAAGAGUGGCUCGCUGUGUCUCAGGAAUUCGACAAAAAAUGGAAUUUUCCACAUGUAUUAGGAGCAAUGGAUGGUAAACAUGUCGUUUUGCAAGCGCCUUUUAAUAGUGGCAACGACUAUGAUAACUAUAAAUUGUUUCCAAGUAUAGUUCUUUUUGCAUUAGUAGAUGCAAAUUAUAGGUUUCUUUAUGUGAAUGUUGGGAGUAAGGGCAGAAUAUCAGAUGGAGGCGUGUUUAAAAGCACAAAGCUAUAUGAGAAACUUGAAAAAAAGGAGCUAAACAUCCCAUCUGCAAAAAUUUUGCAAGUUCCCUAUAAAAUUGAAGUACCCUAUUUUAUACUAGGUGAUAAAGCUUUCCAACUUAAUGAGUAUACAUUGAAACCGUAUGAAGGUGAUCCAGAAAGGGGUUCGAGUGAACGAAUAUUCAAUUACAGAUUAUCAAGAGCACGUAGAGUUGUAGAAAACGCGUUUGGAGUACUAAGCUCUAGUUACAGAGUUUUGCGUAAACCAAUGCUGUUGGAGCCAGAAAAAGCAACUAAAGUCGUGCUAGCGACAGUUUACCUGUAUAACUAUUUACGAAGUAAUUCUAAUUUAAGAUCACCGGUAUCUUUUGAUACAAUACAGGAGAAUGGAGAAAUAGUUCCUGGAAGCUGGCGAACGGAACAGGCACCUACAUCACUACUACCAAUAGAUGCCAUACCACGAAGAGCAUCACAAAAUGCCAGGGAUAUUCGGUGCCACUUAGCAAGACACUUUAUAACAAACGGGGCCAUUGUUUGGCAAAAUGAGUACCAAUAA